AUCUCUCUAUUUUGGUGUUUAUCGCUUGAUAUUUCCUCGACAGGGGUUGGUUUUUGUUGGAGUUUGGCUGUGUAUAAUGUUUGUUGUUUUGAUGGAAUUCAUUGGGGAAUUUGGCUGGGGUUUAGAUCAGAGCUGUGUAAUUUGCUUACAGCCUUCUAGUGAAGGGAUUGAUUGUUGUUGUGGGUGUUAUAAGAUAAUGUGUCUCGAUCUGCUUUUGAUGCAAAAUUGAGAAUAAAAUCUUCUGAGGCCAGCGUAUCUCAUCAGUUUUGUUUUGUGUAAUUCACCUAUUGUUCUUCAUUUGCUUUGUUCUUUAUGUUCUUUAUGUUCUUUUGGGCUUGGAAGGAAGAAUUUGAGAGUUAAAACUCCAAAAUGGUAGAGUUGGGAUUAAUUUGGGAAGACGGAGGAAGAAUUUCCUGUUAGCUGCCUAAGGGCUGACUGAGGAAGCUGGAUCAUGCACCAUGGUUCUUGACAGCGUCCUUUCUUCUCCUCACAGGAGGUCCCCGUCAUUCCGAAAGUCCUUUCCAAAUGAGUUGGGUAGUUGGUCGACUCUUGUGCAACGACAUCGCUUCCUCCUGACAGCACUUGUCCUCCUAACUUUUCUUUGCACAAUUUACCUUUACUUUGCUGUCACCUUAGGCUCUUCCUCCUCUUGCUUUGGACUGACUGGGACUCAAAAAGCUCAGUGUCAUCUGGAGCUUGCAAAGACUUCCAUGGCUAAAGGGAAAUUGAAAAUUCUUUGAUACUUGGGAUUUCGAUCCAAAGCUCACGUCUUUUGUUUGUAGUUCUUAAAAGUUUGGGUUGAAUGAUUUAAAAAAAAAUGAAAUUUAGUUAAUCUGUCAUACAAGGUUGUGUAGUAAGAUGUAAGCGAACUCUCUAUACAUGAUAUCCGAGAAGAAAAAAAGGAAUUAAUCAAUCAUUCUUGUGUUUUGCUGAUC